UUUAGUUUAAAGCGGGAAUCGAUGGAAGCAAAGGAGUAGCAAGCACAGUUCAAUAGAAGGCUUCUUGAUUCUUCUUCGUAUUUUGUUUCUUCUACUUAUAUUUGAAUUACGGGAGGAUAGACCUUCUUCCACUGCUCAGCCAUGGAAACGGAUGCUUCUGACUCUGAGCACGUAGUUCCGUUCCAGCUUCAGUUCGACAAGCCCAUCGCUUCUCAGGUGAAAAUAGCGGAAUGGAACCCGGAGAAGGAUCUACUUGCAAUGGUGACUGAGGACUCGAAAAUCAUGCUCCAUCGAUUCAAUUGGCAGCGGCUAUGGACGAUUUCACCAGGCAAAUCCAUUACGUCUUUAUGUUGGCGUCCAGAUGGUAAAGCGAUAGCUGUUGGGCUCGAAGAUGGAACCAUUUCAUUGCAUGAUGUAGAGGCGAGUAUUUCCUUCACUUCUUUGCCUUGUAUCAACAAUGCUAGCGGGAAACUGUUGAGAAGCUUGAAGUCUCAUACGGCCCCGGUCGUCUGUCUUAACUGGGAGGAGGAGAGUGAACUGAACAACACUGGGAAUUCGUUGGUGUUUGAAGAUCGUACUCCCCGUUUCUUCCCUCCUGCUCCAAGAGUCCCACGGACGCCUGGUGUCGUGACAAGUGAUGCCAGUUUCAUGGAUGAUAAUGAAGAUUCAUACCGGCAACUUUCCAAUUCGUCGUACCAACGCUUUAACAUUCUGUGCAGUGGAGACAAAGACGGGAGCAUUUGUUUUAGUAUAUUUGGAAUAUUUCCGAUAGGAAAAGUUAAUGUACACAAAUUUUCUGUACCUGUAUCAAACAGUGAUAAAACUCAGCACCUUCUUAAUGCUUCCAUAUACAAGGUUGCAUUGUCAAAGGACCUCUGUCAGUUGAUUGUCCUUUUCUCUGGAGACCUCAUUGAAAGUACAGCUGCUGCUUCAGAAGCGGAUAAAGUAGCUGGUUGUGGCAUGCAUGGCUUAGUGCUAGAUACUUCUGUAUUUGGGAAAAGGAAGAAUGAGCUCCAUCAAUUAGCCCAACAAGCUUCUAACAUUGAGGACUUGACAGAGGUUAUCCGGGCGUCCUUGUCAGUGAUGAGUAAACAAUGGACAGAUGCCGUUCAGUCAUUCAGCCAGAAGUUUGUUUCUCUAGACACUUUGAUUACUGAUCAUGCACUGGACUCCUCUCCCCAGGAAGAGUUUCUGAGCCUUUUAGGUGGUGCUCGUACUAGUCCAGCAGUUCAUCAAUUUCUAGUCAACACUCUUGGAGAAGCGGGUGUAAAACGUGUGUCAAAGUUAGUCUGUGGUGCUGGAAAAGAACUUCAACGUGUAGUCCAUGACCAUCUUCAGCCUGCUGCAGAAAUAAUUGCAUUUAGGAUGGGAGAACUGAGAGGCCUUUCAAGAUGGCGUUCACGCUUCCAGGUUAUUGGCUUGGAUGAGACGCUUGUUGCUCACGCAACAGAAAAGUCAGGCAUGAUGUUGGUACAAGUUGAACGAUUCAUGAGGGUGCUCACUUCUGUGGAGCAGCAGUUUUCCAAUUUCUUUAACUGGCUUCUCAAAUGUAUAAAGCUGUUGAUGCAAGAACCCAGUGAUCAACUUCUUCCAUAUAAUAGUGAACUUGUUGUCAUAUUCCUGAAGUUCCUAUAUAAUCAAGACCCAGUUAGAGAGUUGCUGGAUCCCUCUGAAGUUGAUCACCCAGUUCAAGCUGACUUGGAAACAAUGCAAAGAGUCUGCGACUUGGUUCAGUUUGGGGGAUUUUCGGACACCGAAUAUCUUCGCAGGACAUUAGCAAAAGAAUUCCAACAAAUGGAGUCUAGUUUCAAGGAGGCUUUUCUGAUGCCAUUUACCACAAUCUCGAGGAAGAUACAUGUUGUGGAUUUGCUGCCUCUCUUUCCUCUUCCAUCUUUACCACUAUCCAGAUCUAACGUGAUUCCCAUGUCAAUAUCAUAUUAUGAGGAUGAUUCUGAAGCAAAUGAGAACAACUUCAAUGAUUACAUAUGCUUUCGAGUCCCCGCUGAGUCCCUUUCCGAUGACGGAAAUUAUAUAGGCAUAGUACGAGGGUUUAUGCAUGACCAGAGGAAUCUUAAAAGAGGUUAUUCGACAUUGGAAGCUGUUCUGCUGUCUAUGCCAGCAGGUUACAACUGUGCUGAUCUGUCAUUAUACAAGGACACUCAAGUUGUUUUGCUACUGAACGGGAUGACAAACGCCCCUGAAACACCGGGAGAUGCCUGUAUGAUGAUCAUUCAAGCUAAUGAGCUCCCAUUUGCACCUGUUUCGCGAUCCAUAGACCUAAGCCUAUGGAAAAUGCAUCACUUACAGGAUUCUUCUGCGUGCCUGCAGACGGAGAACGAGAAGAUUCGCUCCAUCCCUUAUUCUGUAGUCGCUCCUUUGGCAGUCAGUGCGACAAGGGGAGUUGCUUGUGUUUUUGCUGCAAGAAGGCGUGCAUUGGUUUACAUCCUCGAAGAAGAUGAAGACGAAGUUCUUGAGACCGAAGCUUGAUUCGAUUCUCUUUGUUGCUUUUUUUUUUUUUGCUUCCAUCGCCAAUGUUGCCAUUAGAUAUCUCCCUUUGCCAGGACUUCCAUGUUUCCCCAAAUAUUACACCGUUCCUUGGUGUUUGGGUUUGCUAGGUGUUUCGCCGUUCCUGUUAGUCGUAAUGCAACAGGCUGACAUAGAUUUCAAGAAUUUUACCUUCUUAUUGUCAGAAAGAGAGUCAGCAGCAUGGAACUGUCCAUCAGACAUUUUGGAAAGGGAGUCCAGCAGACGGAGAAGGAGAAGAAGAAAUGAAAGUAGAAGUAGUCAAAGUCAGUGGCUGAUGCGAUCUGUCAUCUGAGCCGUCCGAUGGAGUCAAAGUCAGUGAAAUCAAUGGGCUUGACUGACUGAUAAAUUUUCCGUUUCUCCUUUACAGUCUUCAAUAUUUUUGUGUAGGGUUUAUUUCUUUUCGAAGGAAUCAGUGACAAAAUUGAUAAUGAAAACCUCUUUUUUUUUUGUUUUUUGUACAAGUUAAAAUGCAAACUCCA